CUUCCAGCUUCUUUAGAGGAAAAACAUCACUUUCCAGCAUCUUCAGAGGAAAUAAGACAUCACCUUCCAGCUUCUUUAGAGGAAAAACAUCACUUUCCAGCAUCUUCAGAGGAAAUAAGACAUCACCUUCCAGCUUCUUUAGAGGAAAAACAUCACUUUCCAGCAUCUUCAGAGGAAAUAAGACAUCACCUUCCAGCUUCUUUAGAGGAAAAACAUCACUUUCCAGCAUCUUCAGAGGAAAUAAGACAUCACCUUCCAGCUUCUUUAGAGGAAAAACAUCACCUUCCAGCAUCUUCAGAGGAAAUAAGACAUCACCUUCCAGCUUCUUUAGAGGAAAAACAUCACCUUCCAGCAUCUUCAGAGGAAAUAAGACAUCACCUUCCAGCUUCUUUAGAGGAAAAACAUCACCUUCCAGCAUCUUUUGAGGAAAGAAGAUAUCACCCUUCAACAUCUCAAGAUGAAAGAAGAUAUCACCCUUCAACAUUUCAAGAUGAAAGAAGAUUUCAGCCUUCAACAUCUGAAGAUGAAAGAAGAUUUCAGUCUUCGUCAUCUCAGGAUGAAAGAAGAUUUCAGUCUUCGCCAUCUAAGGAUGAAAGAAGAUUUCACUCUACGCCAUCUAAGGAUGAAAGAUUUCACUCUACGCCAUCUAAGGAUGAAAGAAGAUUUCAGUCUUCGCCAUCUAAGGAUGAAAGAAGAUUUCACUCUACGCCAUCUAAGGAUGAAAGAAGAUUUCAGUCUGCGCCAUCUAAGGAUGAAAGAAGAUUUCAGUCUUCGCCAUCUAAGGAUGAAAGAAGAUUUCAGUCUUCGCCAUCUAAGGAUGAAAGAAGAUUUCAGUCUUCGCCAUCUAAGGGUGAAAGAAGAUUUCAGUCUUCGCCAUCUAAGGAUGAAAGAAGAUUUCAGUCUUCGCCAUCUAAGGAUGAAAGAAGAUUUCAGUCUUCGCCAUCUAAGGAUGAAAGAAGAUUUCAGUCUUCGCCAUCUAAGGAUGAAAGAAGAUUUCAGUCUUCGCCAUCUAAGGAUGAAAGAAGAUUUCGGUCUUCGCCAUCUAAGGAUGAAAGAAGAUUUCGGCCUUCGCCAUCUAAGGAUGAAAGAAGAUUUCGUCCUUCGCCAUCUAAGGAUGAAAGAAGAUUUCGUCCUUCGCCAUCUAAGGAUGAAAGAAGAUUUCAGCCUUCGCCAUCUCAGGAUGAAAGAAGAUUUCGGCCUUCGCCAUCUAAGGAUGAAAGAAGAUUUCAGCCUUCGCCAUCUCAGGAUGAAAGAAGAUUUCAGCCUUCGCCAUCCCAGGAUGAAAGAAAUAAGCCUUCAAUAUCUGAAGAUGAAAGAAAAUAUAAACCUUCAACAUCUCGAUCUAGAACAAGUGCAGAUUAUGCACUGGAUCUGCAAUAUUUUCUGAAAAAAAGAGCAGAAAGUGAUGAUACUAGUCAUAAACCAAGAAAGAAGGUGAUAGAUAUUCGCCUCAGUACGGCUGCUCAAUUUUUUGAGGAAGAGGAGACAGUGGAAGAAACAGUGACUACCGAAAGAAUUGCCAAACUUUUAAGAAAUGCAUCGUUAGAUGUAGAUGUGCAAAGUAAACUAAAAACUUUGCAACUUGUACAGAAAUUAAUUAUACAAAAAGAACCCAAACUUCUUGAUAAUUUUUUAGAUGAGGUUGUUAGUUUUCAGCAUGAUAAAAGUCCUGAAAUUCGUAUAUUUGUUCUGAAAUUCAUUGAAGAUGCUUGUAAAUUUGAUAUUCAAAUUCUUCCUAAAAUAGUGGGGAACAUGAAAAUUUUGCUAGAUGAUACCACGAUAUUUGUUAAGAAAAAAGUUAUCCAAACAACAGCUAAAUUAUACAUCCUUACCAUUAAAUGGUUUUGUUCAGCCAAAAGUGUUGACGAAGUUAUGGAAGCAACAUGGGCAUGCAUGGCUCAACUGAAACGUAAUAUAUUUGCUCUACUUGAAUCUGACAAUGAAGGAAUUCGCGCUUUGGUUGUGAAAUUCAUGGAACGCAUAGUUAUCAUUCAAACUUUCAGAGACCAAUAUUCCCAAGAUGAAUUAUCGUUAGAUAAGAUUCCUGUCAUACUCAACAUUUUUAGACCUCGGAAAAUGGAAGAAGAAGCAAAGGUCAUUUUUCAACGUAUUGUAGAUCUUCAUUGCGCUUCGCAUGUUUCAAGUUUUAACUUAAUGACUUGCAUGCAAGUUUUAACUACCAUUACAAGAAAAAGGUUUGAAUUUUUUCCAAAAGUUUUGCAAGCAUUUGAAUCGUUGCAUGCAAAUUUACCACCUACUCUGAGUCAGUCUCAAGUAAGUAGUGUGCGCAAAAGUUUAAAAUUGCAGUUAUUUAUUCUAGUGAAACAUCCUGGAGCUGUAGAAUUUCACUCUCGUAUUUCAAUUAUGUUAUCUGAUUUGGGCGCAUCACCACAACAAAUCAAUAAAUGUUUUCCUUCUGUCGAGAAUACUAAGAAACGUGCUUUUUCGAGAGAUUUUGAUCGAGAUUGGGUUAAAAGAUCUAAACUUGGCGAUGAAUUCUUUAAUACAAAAGCAUCUGGUUCUUCAUCUAGAUCUGGAUCUAUGAAAAACAAAGCUAAAGAUACGGCAAUUGAUAUAACUGCUCAAGAUUUAGUGCCAAAACUUACACCCAUAAAUGUUGCCGAUUUGGUUCUUGUAAGUAUGUUAAGUCUGACACCUCAUCUUCCUACUCACUUUCGGUCAACCUAUACUCCUAUUGCUGCUGCUGGUACUGAACCGCAAGUUAAGCAUUUAUCACGCCUUUUAGCUACACAGCUGACCAUUGCUGGUCUUGGCAAAGGUGCAGAAGAAAUGAAAAUGCAAGCUCAUAAUGCAAAAUUGGAUUUGAGCGAUGACGAUGAUGAAUUUGCAUCUAAACAAAUUCAAACAGUUGUUGGUCAGACUGUAGAUCCCAGGCCUAAGAAGCAGGGUCUUGUUUUGAUGCCUAGUGGUGGACCUCCUACCAAAAGUAAUAAAUAUUCAAAAAAGUUGGACUUCGCAUCUGUGGCUAAGCCAUUUACAGACGAAGAAUCUGACAGGUUAAGUCGCGCAGCUUUCAAUCGAAUUUUAAAUGCUGAAAAAGCCAUUGCAAAGAGAGGUACUGCGUGUAUGCGAACAAAAAUUCUGACUUCUUUAGCUACUCAGUUCAGAGGUGAUUUCGCUACGGAUUUGAAGAAUCAUAUUUUAGAAAACCCUCGUAGUCGCUUAGAAUUAGCUUUCAGUUGGAUUUAUCAAGAGUAUUCUUCUUAUAAAGGAUUUGAAAGUUCUACGGAAAGACCCGUCGAGUUUUAUGAAGAGACAAUAGAUAAACUUGUAGGUGGAAUAUUGAAAACCGACGAUCCAAAUCGACUUGCAUUUAGUCGAUUUUUUGUCGAACCUCCUUUUAUUACUUCAGGUAUGGCGGAAUGUCUUAAGAAAAUAUGUAUCGAUGAAGCAGUUACAGAAAUUGGGAUUCAGCUAGCUAAAAACAUGACUAUUAGAAGACCAACAAAAAAACUAUUGUUUUUAGGAGUAAUAUGUGAUCUCACUCUUCAUGAAAAAGUUCAUAUUCGCUCCAAAGCUGUAUCUGCAGCUGUUGAAGUCUACGAAAAUGGGAGCAUGAGAUCAUUCAUUGAAGCUUUUGCAUUAAGGAGUUUAAAGUUUUUGCUUCAUGACGCUCCAUCACCCUCACAAUUCAUAUAUUUUACUCAACCCCCUCGUGCAUGGUCUGAAGAAUUAACAAAAUUAUGCUUACAAUUAUAUUUAGCUGUACUCCCUAUGAAUCAUAAGUUAAUUCAUGAUCUUGGAACUGUUUAUGUAGAGACUUCAGCUGAUAUUAAACGAACGAUUCUUCGAGCCUUGGAAACUCCAUUUAAAGGAAUGAGUAUGGAAUCUCCAGAGCUUCUUCGUUUUGUUGAGAAAUGUCCAAAAGGGGCAGAGACAAUAGUAACAAGAAUAAUUCAUAUUCUAACUGAUAAGGCUCCUCCUUCUGCUGAACUUGUUUCUCGUGUUCGUGAUUUAUAUCGGAAACGAGUACCUGAUGUGCGUUUUCUCAUUCCAAUCAUUAAUGGACUUACAAAAGCGGAAGUUAUAGCAGCAUUACCUGAACUAAUAAAAUUGAAUCCAACUGUUGUGAAGGAAGUUUUCCAUCGCCUUUUGGGAAGUAGUUUUCCUAGUCCUGUCACCCCUUCUGAACUUUUGGUCGCCCUGCAUAAAAUUGAACCAGAGAAAUGUAAUUUAAAAAUAGUAAUUAAAGCUACUUCAUUGUGUUUGGAAGAAAAGCAAGUAUACACUCAAGUUGUUCUUGCCAUGGUUCUGCAAGAGCUAAUGGAGAUAAAUCCGCUUCCUAUAUUGUUUAUGAGGACAGUUAUACAGUCUCUUACAAAUCAUCCACAUCUUUUAGGUUUCGUGACUAAUAUCUUGCAGCGUCUUAUUUUAAAGCAAGUUUGGAAUGAAAGGAGAAUAUGGGAAGGUUUCAUUAAAUGCUGCCAACGUACUAAACCACAAUCAUUUCAAGUACUUUUGCAAUUACCUGGUCCACAAUUACAAGAAGCUCUUGAUUCUUGCCCUGAUUUACGUGAUCCGCUAUGUCACUUUGUGCGAUCUUUCACUGAUCACCAGAAAAGUCAUGUUACCAAAGAAGUGCGAGCAGUUCUUGAAGGUUUCAGAAUUGAAAUGGGUCUAAAAGAUGAGUCAGAUUCCAUUUCAGAUAAGAAUUCUGACGAUGAUGAAUCACCAGGUGAGCCUAUGCCACCUGGAGAGGAACUUAUGCCACAUCUAGAUGAGCCUGUGCCACCUGGAGAGGAACUUUUGUCGCCUGGAGAGAUUUUGUCACCUGGAGAAAUUAUGUCUCCUGAAGAGGAGCUUAUGCCACCUGGUGAGGAGCUUAUGCCACCUGGAGAGGAAAUUAUGCCACCUGGAGAGGAGCACAUAUAGUUAAUUCUCAUGAAUUCAAAAUGUUCUGUAAAUAUAUUCCAUUAUCUGUAAUAUAGUGAAGUCAUAAUGCUUAUAUUUAAUUUGAAACUUGGCAGAUAUGAAGUUAUAUAAGUAUUGAUUAAGAGAUUAAUAUCUCGUCAUACAAAAUUCAUUAAACUGAGUAUUUUCUUUAUCUACUACUUACCUCUCGCAUUUUCAUGUUUUAAUUUAUUCUCUUGAGUAGAAUUCUCUAUUUUUAGGGUAUUUUUUGUUGUUAUUAUUGUUGUUUUGUGUCUUAUUAAGAUUUCUACCAUUUAUAGAAAAGUCAUGUUUUCUGUCCUGUUCUCUUGAAAAACUUGCAUUUUCAAAUCUGAAAUAAAUGGAUUUCCUUUUUUACUACAUUGUCCUGUUAAAAAUUAUUUUCUUUGUAUUAUAAGCCAUGUUUGAGACUUAAUUUUUUCCUCUUUUAAAUGGAAUAACUGGUGCAAAAAUUUCAGUUUGUUAUUUAAAGUUAUUAAUUCAUUCAAUAUGCAUCAUUUUCAGAAAGUGACCAUUAUUAGUUAAAAUCAAAAAUGCAUUAAUUUUGAUAAGCAGAAAAUAUUUUGAAGGUUUUUAAUGGAUAGUAUUUGUAGGGUGAUAAUUUACAAAUAAUGCUCAAUUUAGCGAAGUUGUUCUUUUGUGUCUGUGUGAUGUAAUUAGUUAUAUCUCUAUACAUCUCUUAAUUUGAAUACUAUGUUUCUCUUAUGAAUAUGUGUUAUACCUCUCUUAAUUUGAAUCAAUUUUUUUUCCCUUCUAGUUUUUUCCUACCUUUGGUACUUACCAUUAAGAUAUCCGAAAUUUUGUUGUAGUAAUAAUUUUCCACUUUUAACUUUUUAACUAUUCAGAAACAUAAAAUUCAUUCCAUAUUUAAAGCUGUUCUUUUCAAUAUAAUUGUUUUUGAUUUGAUAACUAUUUGAGCUCGUAUGUAUUAUGCAGUUUCCUAAACUACAAUGGCAAAUUACAGAAAAUGAGUCAAUUUGUCCUUUUUAAAAAUUUUUAUGGGAAACAAUACUUUUCAAAAACAAAUUUGAAGCAUUUCAAACAACUGCAUUAAACUGAGUUUUAAUUUACAAUUUGAUUCUGAGUUUUUUCCCACUAUAUAUAACAUUCACUUGGCAUAAUUAAAAGGCCUUGGUUAAUUUUAUAUUUCAUGUAGUUUUUUUAAUAUUCUAUUCAUUUGAUGCUGUAAGAGAGUUGAAUAUAAUGCUUUAUAAAAUAUUGAAUAUUCAUGCAUCUGUGUUAGAAUAUGCCUCUAGAUUUUAUCACAUGACUUUAAAUUGUAUUUCAAGCAUCACAAAAAGCAAAUACGGCUGUGAAACAACUGCUUAUUUGUUAUUUGAUGUUUAUCUUUUUUUUAUGGGAAAUAUUUGAUGUAGUAUUGCUGUGUAUUGUAGAUUUGCACUGUUUUUCUCUUUUAAAUGUACACUGUGUCAUUAGUUGAAUUGAAACAUGUAGAAAUAUUAAUACUUUAUGUGAUAAGAUGUAUUAAUGCAGUGUUGUCAUAAAAUGUGUAUAAAACCAUAUUCAUCUGUUUUUAAUUUUUGAAUUUUUAUCCAUGUCUAGUGGAAAAAUUGUGAAACUGGAGAAAUAUUUCUCAAUUGGAAUAAAGCUAAAAUUGUUUAUUAAAAAAGUAAGACUUGAGAUUACCUGCUACCAAAUAAAAGGGGGAAAAAGUUUCCUCUCUUUCUUGAUUGAGAGAAAAUGUUAAUGCUGAGUCUAGUAAAAAAAGUGGUUGGAUGUUUUACUUAAAAUUGUACAUGAAUGCUUUUAGUUGUUCCAUCAAGUUUAUUUAAUGAACUAAAUUAGGAAUUCAUCAAAAUAUCGUAUUUUUAUGAAGAAAAGAAAUUUUGUCUUAAUCACAUUCAAAAUUGAAUGAGGGAAAGAAUCUGUGCAAUGUCUCAUCUGUAUUAUAAUUUGAUAAACAUAUGGGUUUUAGUAAAAAAAAAAAAAUUGCUAAAUGUCAUGUUUAUUAAUGAUCAUAAUAUUUAUUUUCUCUUUUGUAAUAUUUUAAUUGUUUUAUUAAUUGCAAUAAGUAAAACUUAUUGGCUUUACUUUGCAAACUUAAUUUUUUUAAAAAUUGAGUCAAAUGAUGAAAUUUUAUUAAUUUUUAUUUCAUAUGGUUAUCUUGUUUGCUGCAUUGUACAUUGUAAACUAAUUUAAUAAUGUAACUUUUAAAGUAGCCAUAAUAUUGUAAUUAGCUUUUAAACAUAUUGCUACAAAGAAACUUUGUUGAUUGGUGUAAUAUUAAUAUGAUUUCCUGGAAAUAUGCAAGAAAGAGUUCAUACAAUGUAACCAUCAUCCACUUAGUAUUUUAGCCUCUCUUGCAUGUUGUUGUGUGUAUUAAGCCUUUGCUGCAAAUUUUGCAAUCCUAUUCCGCAGCUCUGAAUGGACCUACUUUUGAUGUUCUAAUCAAGACAAGAAAUGUUUUAUUCAAAUUUCAAAUAAUUUCUGUUUGAUUGUACAGGCUUAUUUUGACAAUUUGUCAAAAUACGAAAAAUUAAAGUAAAAUAUGAAUAUUCUCUUUUGAUUUAUAUUUCCAAAUUCUGAAAUUUAUUUUAUUAUUUACAUAAAUUUUAUUUUUAUUCGAUUAGAAAUAUUUCUACUUAUCUAAUAUACAAAAAAAAAAAAAAAAUGUCAUGUUUCUACUCCGUAGGCAGAAAGUUACAUUGGAAAAAUAGCUUGGUAUAACAUUUCAGCAGUCAGUUUAUUGCACUACUGGGUUGCCACUAUACAGUCGUUGUGCAAUACUGUUUCAGUUGGUUCAUCAUGUAGUGUGAAAUUCUGUUACAAGAUAUGUAAAGCAGUUUCCUCAAAUAUGUUGCCGGUUGGUUGUGUAUGGUUCACUGGUGCAAUAACCACAUUUAUCCGUACUGCACCAGUCAAAUCGUAAAAGUAGAAUAUAUUUUUAAAAAAAACACACACACACAUUUAUUAAAAUAUAAAAGCAAGGGUAUCAAGAUAAAAUCUCAUAAGCUGUGAUAAUGAAAAUAAAAGGUGACUUCAACAUUUUAUGAUUCAUACAAAUUCGAAAAUCUGAUGCAAUGUAGAAAUAUAAAAAAGAGAAACGUUAAAUACUAACAGGAAAGAAGUGCUCAGUGCAAGAAAGAGCCAAUCACUUUUAAGAAUUUAAAAAUAUUUGGGUGGCAUUUUUCAUCCAAAUAUUUUUAAUGAUAACUCGUAUUCCUUCCUCGUCUUAUAAUGUUAAAGGACACGAAUUAAAAAAAACACAAUAAGAAUUAAAAGCAGGACAUUCUAUUUAAAUAUGAAGAAUAAUAAAAUGAACUUGACAUUUGUUGCAUGUAGCCGUAUUUUCGUCAAACAUGUGGGUGAAGCAAGUGUGUCAUUUUGACACGAAUAUCUUGGUUCAGUGGACCAACAGCAACAUAUGGGUGAAUGACAUGCCACUUUCGAAGCAUAUGUAGGACACAAGCAUUGUAAAAGUUCCUAGAAAUUUACGUCGAAGCUUUGAGACAUUUUGUUAUUAAAUUUCCAUAUAUUACUAAUAUUCUUUCAGUUGAAUCUAUUCUAUCUUUGCAUUUUCAGAGACAUUGCUUUUAGUGGAGGAAUAAUCAUUAUGUAAUGGCUCAACAUGAUUAGAAUUUUUUUUUAGUAUUGAAUGGUUUCAUAUGUUAUUAGA